AUGUCAGACUCUAAAGCUGUCGAUUUCAAGCUAUAUCGCUAUGAUCCAAGCCUGGGAGCCGCACUCGUCUUCGUCAUCACAUUCACCUUGAUGACAGCGUUGCACUUUUACCAAAUGAUUCGAACAAAAACCUACUUCUUCGUUCCCUUUGUGAUUGGAGGUUUGUUCGAGGUUAUUGGCUACAUUGGCGUAAGUCUUGAUUCGCUCUAUUCAAUCUCUGACUCGACUGAUUUCGUUCCGUGCAGCNGAGCCAAAGCCAGCCAAGAAGCUCCCGACUUCAGCAUUCCUGCCUACUCGAUCCAGGCUAUCUUGAUUCUCGUUGCACCUGCUCUAUUUGCUGCGAGCAUAUACAUGGAACUCGGACGGAUCAUCCUUCUCACCGAUGGCGAACAGCACAGUAUCAUCCCCAAGAAAUGGCUCACCAAGAUCUUCGUCAUUGGCGAUGUCGUUUCUUUUUGUCUGCAAGCUGCUGGAGGCGGUAUAAUGGCGACAGGAACACUCGAAGCACUCGAGAACGGCGAACACAUCACCAUUGCCGGUCUGGUCAUCCAAAUCUUGUUUNUUGGAUUCUUCAUCAUUGUCAGCAUUACCUUUAACAUUCGCAUGAAUAGCGUACCCACCAGCCGCAGCAUGGUCAGCUUCAACCCUUGGAAGAAGCACCUUCAUACGUUGUAUGGCGGUAGUGCGCUCGUCUUGAUCAGAUCUGUCUUCCGUCUGAUCGAGUAUGCGCAAGGCAAUGAUGGGUACUUGAUCUCCCAUGAGUGGUUCCUGUAUGUGUUUGACGCUUGUCUGAUGUUGGCGACAAUGGCCGUGUUUGCUUGGUUCCAUCCCAGCGAGAUUUGGGCGCUGCUGAACAAGAAUGGUGGCAAGAUGAUCAGUCAUGGCUACAAGGUUGAGGCAGCAAUUCCUUUGACGUGA